AUGGCUUCUGUGGACAUGUCUCUUGAUGAAAUCAUUGCCAAAACCAGGCAAGAGAGAAGGGGACCUGGACGAGGAUUUCGUAAAGGGUUGGGCAGAAAUAGUGGUCGGUCAGGAGGAGGGUCGGGUGGACGUUUCUCGAAACGGCCAUUCAAAACAUAUAUCGACUAUGACGCACCUGUUCCUAUUUCUGUGCCCAAAAUUGGAGGGUCUGGAAACCCGAACAAAACUGUAAGGAUCAACAUCUCUAACCUCGCACCCUCUGUGGUUUCUUCCGACUUGGAGGAACUCUUUGCAAACUAUAGGAUCGAGGCAGCUACUGUGAAUUACAAUGAGUCAGGAGUAUCGGUUGGUACGGGUGAUAUUUAUCUUCGCAAAACUGAUGCGGAGAACGUCAUGAGUGACUUCAAAGGAGUGGCGCUUGAUGGCCAGGUAAUGAGGAUGGUAUUGGUUGACGGUAGCGAUUCUUUGGCAUCACGGGUUCAAGUCAGUGGUGGUGCACAAAGAAGUUACAGGAGUGGAGGCGAACGUAGAGAAUUCAACAAAGGAGGAAGAAGCGGAGGUUUCGGGCGUAGGUCAAGGUCUGACAGAAGGUCUAAAAUGACUGAGGCAGAGUUGGAUGCCGAACUGGAAGCAUACAUGUCGAAACCUCGAGCGCAACAAUCCAUGGAACAAGAUUCUACUUCCUCGGAAAAAUCUCUUUCAGAAAGAAACUCCCGGUUUAGUAGAGCUUUUCGCUUUAUCGGUUUUUGCAGAAACACGAAUGAUGUACGGUGUACAAUCGAGGUGAUAGAGGCACCCCAAUGGAAAGCGAAUCUUGAAAUCAAACAGAAAGCACAUUUACCAAGGAAUCGCCUUCUUCACUGGGGUCCGAUUUUCGCUCUUUCCAUCACUUUUUAUAUCGGAACUGUCUCUUCAUAUUUUGCAAUCAUGUGGUGGCCAUUGACGAGUCUUGGAGGCUUCUUGAACCUCUUUAUAUUCUUUUUCUGGAAUUAUUCAACGAUGGUUAAUCUUGCUCGAGCGUCCUUUGUAGGUGCAGGUCACGUACCAGUGGGAUGGAAACCUGAUGACGAAGUUCCGAGGCAACAAGAGUCUUUCGAUGAUUUGUUGCAGUGGUGUGAACCAUGUUCUGGUUAUAAGGUGCCUCGAUCUCAUCACUGCUCGAACUGCGGUCGGUGUUCGAUGAAGAUGGACCAUCAUUGUCCCUGGAUCAACAACUGUGUUGGACAUCGCAAUCACGGGUUUUUUGUGAGAUUUCUUGUAUCAGCCGUAAUUGGUUGCAUUCAUGCGAUAAUUAUUCUAGUCGCGUCCUUCUAUCAUGCUAUUAAUCUGAAUUAUUACUACCGGUACGGUGAUGGAACAGAGCCUGAAGUGAUAUUAACUUUCUGGUCAUUACUUGCAUUAAUAAUUGGAAGCGCUUUUGCGUUCGGAGUUGUUGUUGGAGUCGGCGGACUUCUUUAUCUGCAGUUGAAGUACAUCAAAAAUAACAAAACUGGCAUUGAAGAGUACAUAGAACAAAAAGCUGCAUCUUAUCGUCAAGAAGAGGAAUGCGAUUGGGAGAAAUUUGUAUAUCCAUAUGACCUAGGAUGGAGGCGGAACUUCCGUGAGGUACUUUGGACAUGGUCCGGCGAAACCAAUGGGAAUGGAGUAUGGUGGCCAGUUCAGAAAGGCUGUGAUCAGUUCACCCUUUCGCGCGAGCAACUACGGCAAAAGGCGCUAAAGCGCUUUUUGUCUCGACUGGUCGUUGUGGCGACCGACUUCCGAGGUGGUUACUUCGCUUCGCUUCGAUUUGGAUGUCGUCUUUUCGUUUGUCAACCGAUUAGUGAAGAACCUCGUCUACAGAUACGUAAAGGAGAUGAAUAUGUGAUCACACGUGGUCAACGCGGGUGGUUGUACGGCUAUAAACAGGAUAACGACAAGCUUAAAGGAUGGUUCCCACGAGUUUGUGUUCGGUUUACUGACAAGUACCCAUUUCAACAGGAAUCUUCGGAAAGAAGUGGUGAUGAGAGUGCUACUAGCGCAUCGAAGGCGGAAAAGAGUUAG